GUCAGCUCUGACUAUAUAGACUGGACAUUCACUCAAUUCUAUAAUGAGCUUUUCAACUGGUAUUUUUCAAGGGACUAUCAUAUAGAUAGAAAGAUUGCAAAAUGCUUCCAAGGUUCUAGACAUGUUCAGGAUUAUACCUUUGAACUACAGAGUCAGUUCAAAAUGUUGAGAGAUGAAUCUGAAUGCACUUAA